AAAAAAAUUGCCACCAAGAAAAAAUGAUAAAUGUUAUAAAAAUCAAGGUUCUGCCAAAAAAAGAAUUCACGCUCUAAAAUACAAAUGAUUUAAUGGCUUUGGAACACUCCUGAGAAUAUUUCUGGGAUAUUUUUGUUGCUUUUACACGAAAACAAAAAAAAUCAUAAAUGUUCAUAUACUUAUGAUCAAAGAAGAGUAGAAACUUUCUAGCCAAACCAAAUUUUUGCCAUUCGAUCCCAAGGUGGAAUACACUGCAAAAAGACUAAAUUUCAAACCAAAACUAAUUUGCGAUAUAAAUACUGAAGAUGGCUAUACCUCCACCACCAGGACCGCCACCACCACCAGGUCCACCUCCUCCACCUGCCAUGGGCGGUUUAAAGUUAGGAGGUGGCGGUGGUGAUCAGGCUCGAUCAGCCUUACUACAAUCUAUACAAAAAGGCAAAGCCCUCAGGCCAACAGUUACCGUGGAUAAAAGUGGUCCUGCUAUGUCUGGUAAGGUGUGCGGCAGUACAUCACCAAACAGCGGCUCGCCCAAGCGACAAGUUAUUGGAGGAGCCAGCAGCAACACUAGCAACAGCAGUAUUGGUAAUGGCGGACCAAAACUGGGUGGUUUGUUUGAAGGUCUGACUUCAAUGCCGAAAUUAAAGCCAGUUAAUGGCAGUAGGGCAAGCCCAGCUGCAUCGUCUUCAGCAACAAAUGGUCGCAGCAACAGCCCUCCAUCAGCGCCAACAUCAAAUGCAGUAUCAAACAGUGGUCCAAUGGAUUUCAGUGCAGAACUAACAAAACAUUUGACCCUUAAACGGCAAAAACAGCAACAACAGCAAACGUCAGGCUCCACACCUCAUAUCAAUGCCACAGAAGCGAAUUUCAAAACAAAUCGCGGACCACCACCUCAACCACCAACACAGCCACCCAAAAACUUAUCAACGAGCACUUCCGAUUCUAUUUUGGAAAAGAGCAGAUCCAAUGCCACACGUCCAACAAUUUUACCGAACAACGAUACAUCGAAGCAACCCAUUCCAGCCACAACAUCGGAAAUCAAUAGUAAAUUAAUGAAGCAAAUAAACACUGGGGGAAGUGUAAGGAGUAAAGCCGCCAAUCUAAACUUGACAUUAGGGAAUAAUAAUGUAUUUGUAAAUAAUAACAACAAUGACAGUAAUACAAAAACAUCAUCCCUAAAUACCACAACCAACUAUUCAAACAACAACAGCCACACAAAUAGCUCAUCGUCAUUGGUAGCAUCAUCGGCAACAUCGGGAUCAUUGCGUAAUCUAGCACCAAACAAGUCGACCUUAUUUAGUAGCAAUGCCGGUGGAAAUGGUAGCACUAGCAGUAGUCCAUCUGCAUCCGCGUCACCAUCUCCGCCAACGAAAUCUCCACUGCUGCUUUCCAUGAAGCCUAACCAUGGCAAACCGAACUUUGCCCCAAAGCCACCAGGUCUGCAGCAAUUGGCUGGCCAAAGGCCAGCCGUGGCACGUCACCAUAGUAUGAAAUCACCCAGGUCACCGCCAAUAACAACUUCGGGUGGAGGUCCAGUAUUCCCAACACAACAACAAUUCGGAACAAUGCGCACACCAUUGGCGCAAUCGCAUGAAGCUAUUAAUUCUGGUUUGCGAUCGGCACCUCAACCACCAAUUGGUCGACCUACAGUGGCACCACCCAAGCCCCCAAGUGUUAAGCCACCACCGCCGCCCACACCAGCACGCAGUACAUCGAAUUCGAACCUAAAUCUUUAUUCUAGUACCAACUCAAGUUCUAAUUCCGCAUCAUCUGCUGCGCCUGUUGUGGCCAUCAAUACGGCGCUAAUAUCGUCAGCAACAAGCGUGAACUCGUCGCCACCUUCCACUCAACCGCCCUCCAAUUCUUCAUCAACGAACAGUGUAUCCGCUUUGCGUGAUCAAUUUCGCACCGGUGCAAAUUCAACACCGCCACCUCCCCCACCACCAUCUUCUACCGCCAUGUCUCCGCCAGCGAAGUCUUCGAGUAGUCCACUGAGCAGUAAAUCUCCGAAACCAAUUAUACUAAAUGGAGGUCCAAUCAAUGCGCCACCUUUACCGCCACAUAGGACAUGUCCAGCGCCACCGCCACCACAAAGACAAUCUAGCAGUGGUAACGUAACUUCGAGUGGAGCCCCACCUGUACCACCUCAACGCCAUUCAUCCAUACGAGCCAAUGCUCCACUUACACCACCAGCUGGCAUCAAUGCAGCCCCCAACUUUGGCAGUGCAAAUGCUGUAAGUCGUUUGGUCACUGAUUUGGAAUCCAAGUUCGGUAAACGUUUCCACAAUGUAACCGAGUUCCCUAAGCCCCCACCAUUUGUGAACAUUCACAAAGCGUAUCCUAGUCGAACCGUCAAAGCAACAAAUGCUAUUACUACUAACAACAACAAUAAUGUCACCACUGAUAAUAAUAACACAAAUCCAUUAGUACCAUCAAACACAACUUCAAGUGCAAUGGCGAAGACCACAAAACCGAUUCAACCCGCCGGUUAUCAACCAUUCAAAAAACAUAGAGCUCCAGCACCUCCGCCACCUCCUCAAGCUGGUGUUGCCGCCGCAACCGUGUCGGUGAUACGACAAUCUAGUUUUCUUUAUGGUGCUGCGGGUGUUGGGCCUCAACAGAGCCAUUAGUAAGGUGGACAUUUAAAAAAGGGAUAUUUCUGUUUUUACACAUCAAUUCUUGGUAUUAAAUUAUUAUUAUGAUAUUACCCUUAGAGAUGUGCAAGCAAUGCAAAACAAUUGUAAACAUGUAAAUCAAAUAAAUUGUUAGACUUUUUUAUUAUUGAUGUAAUCACUAUAUAUACGGUAUACCUAGAACAAAUAUUAAUGAAUAUUACAAAUAUAUACAUAUUGUAUUAAUGGUACAAUAGCAUAUAUUCUCAAACAAAUGCCUUCAUAAUGAAUAGUUGUGUACUUUAUAUGUAAAACUUCCCAUUGAGUUUUUCUAUAUUUACUUAUACAAAUACGCUAUAUUGGAUGAAAAUAUCUUCUUAAUAUAUUUCUAUAAGUACUGUAUAAUAUUAUUAAAUAAUUGUCUUCUCUUACCAAAAAGGUACCCGUUUGUGAACAGUGGUGAAAUGCAUAUUAUCAAUUAAACCAUGAAUACAAAAAAUAAUACAUAAUAAAUAUAGCACAAGUAGCCAAUGCAAGAUUAAUAGCACAAAACUCAUCGAAGAAAGGAAUAGUGCAAUUUACAUUCCAAAAGAAGAGCAAACGUAAUAAAGUGCAUUAAAGCAAUAUUAGUUACAAGAAUAAUUCCAUAUACCUAUUUCUAGUUAAAAAAAAGAAACAUAUACAGUAAAUAAAUAUCAAGCUGUUUGCAUAAUCCAUGUCAAAAAAUUAUAUUCUUCAAGAACCAAAAAUAAUAAAAAGUGUUUAUAACAA